AGCACGUGGAUGAGAUUUUGCUUUUAUCAUCGCCGAUAAGUAUCGGAUGUGCCUUUUUUCUUUCAGAGGUGAAGUGCAGAAAAAACCCACUAAAAUAAGAAUCAGCUCCAAAUCCCCGAAUGCUGCAUGGAAAAGCUUUUGGCUGUUCCUGAAACACACAACGCUUUAACAGAAACCAUAAGAUUACAGGAGUCAUUUCCUAUUAUGUAAAGGGAGAUUCUGUGCGUUUGAUCCCUGCCUGCGGCGCUGGCAGCUCAUCUGCCCAGUGGUCCCGGGCAGCAGACAGCUCUUCCCCAACCUCUGAUUUACUGACUUUAACUUGUCCUACACAAGCUGGGGCAGUUGCUUGUGCACUGCACGUCGUUUCCGAGGACUAAUGAGAGGAUGGCUGUAGGCAGUCCUGGAGCACUUAAGCAGCCAGGAGCAGAUGCUUAGCCCCGUACUUCCCCUACCUUCUGGAAGGUCCAGAGGAAGAAAUGACCAUGUAGAUUCUACAGCUUGGGUGCAGCAUAAUGGGAAAUGGUGAAUGGAGCACAGCUGGUCUGCAGCCUUGAAAGCAGCCGUCCUGCGGACCACUAGUCAGUCAGGGACACCUUGCACGCCAGAGGCAUCCUCCACAUCGCUCACCAGACACACACUGGAUUCUUUUUAAUUUCUUAGAUUGGAAUUCAAGAUUCCUUUCCUGCAAUUUUUAAACAGUUUUAAGAUUGUAUCAACUAUAACGAGUGGAGCAAUAUAAUCAGCAACAAUGGGUGACAUGACAAAUAGCGAUUUUUAUUCCAAGAACCAAAGAAAUGAGGCCAACCAUGCAGGAGAGUUUGGGUGCACACUGCAAGAACUGCGCUCCCUCAUGGAACUUCGAGGAACAGAAGCAGUAGUAAAAAUUAAAGAGACAUAUGGGGAAACAGAGGGGCUCUGCAGACAUCUGAAGACAUCACCAACAGAAGGAUUAGCUGGCACUGCUGCAGACCUAGAAAAAAGAAAGCUUAUUUUUGGAAAAAAUUUUAUACCUCCAAAGAAGCCAAAAACAUUCUUACAGCUAGUCUGGGAAGCAUUGCAGGAUGUGACUCUUAUAAUCUUGGAAAUUGCAGCCAUCAUAUCUUUGGGGCUUUCGUUUUAUCAGCCACCUGGAGAAGGGAAUGAAGGAUGCGGUACUGCAACAGGAGGAGCUGAAGAUGAAGGUGAGGCUGAAGCUGGCUGGAUUGAAGGUGCUGCCAUCCUACUCUCUGUUAUCUGUGUUGUACUUGUCACUGCCUUCAAUGACUGGAGCAAGGAGAAGCAGUUCCGUGGGCUUCAAAGCCGUAUUGAGCAGGAACAGAAAUUUACUGUUGUCCGAGGUGGACAGGUUAUCCAAAUCCCAGUGGCAGAGAUAGUAGUUGGUGAUAUUGCACAGGUGAAGUAUGGUGAUCUUCUACCUGCCGAUGGGAUAUUUAUUCAAGGAAAUGAUCUUAAAAUUGAUGAAAGCUCUUUAACUGGAGAGUCAGACCAAGUCCGCAAAUCUGUUGACAAAGACCCAAUGCUACUGUCAGGUACUCACGUCAUGGAAGGCUCUGGACGGAUGCUUGUAACUGCUGUGGGUGUGAAUUCUCAGACAGGCAUCAUCUUUACUCUGCUAGGUGCUGGAGGAGAAGAAGAAGAAAAGAAAGAUAAGAAAGGUGUGAAACAGGAGGAUGGACAUCAGCUUCCAGUAGAUUCUUCCCAUCCCUCCUCCCACCCUCCUUCAGCUACAGAUGGUGCAACAGGUGCAAAUGCCACUGAUAAUGCAAAUGCCAGCUUAGUCAAUGGCAAAAUGCAGGAUGGGAAUAUGGAGAACAGCCAGAACAAAGCCAAGCAGCAGGAUGGGGCUGCUGCCAUGGAGAUGCAGCCGCUGAAGAGUGCAGAAGGGGGAGAGGGAGAUGACAAAGACAAGAAGAAAUCCAACAUGCACAAGAAAGAAAAAUCUGUUCUUCAGGGAAAGCUGACCAAGCUGGCAGUCCAGAUAGGCAAAGCAGGUUUGGUGAUGUCUGCCAUCACUGUAAUAAUUUUGGUACUCUAUUUUGCCAUUGACACAUUUGUGGUCAACAAGAAGCAGUGGUUGCCUGAGUGCACUCCUGUCUAUGUUCAGUAUUUUGUUAAAUUCUUCAUUAUUGGUGUUACUGUACUUGUUGUUGCUGUUCCUGAGGGACUUCCACUUGCUGUCACUAUUUCUCUGGCCUAUUCUGUAAAGAAAAUGAUGAAGGAUAACAAUCUGGUCCGCCACUUAGAUGCUUGUGAAACUAUGGGUAAUGCUACAGCCAUCUGCUCCGACAAAACAGGGACGCUAACUACCAACCGGAUGACGGUUGUCCAAGCCUACGUUGGUGAUGUCCACUACAAAGAGGUCCCUGACCCAGAUUCUGUACCCGCCAAAACCCUUGAUUUGCUGGUUAAUGCAAUUGCUAUCAACAGUGCUUAUACUACAAAAAUUCUGCCACCAGAAAAAGAGGGUGGCCUGCCUCGCCAGGUAGGCAAUAAGACGGAGUGUGGCCUCUUGGGAUUUGUCCUGGAUUUGAAGCAGGAUUAUGAGCCUGUUCGGAACCUCAUUCCCGAGGAGAAACUCUAUAAAGUUUACACGUUCAACUCUGUCAGAAAGUCAAUGAGUACUGUCAUUAAAAUGCCAGAUGGUAGUUUCCGAAUGUACAGCAAAGGAGCUUCUGAAAUUGUUCUGAAGAAGUGUUCCAGGAUCCUUAAUGCAGCUGGUGAACCUCGUAUCUUCAGACCACGUGACCGAGACGAAAUGGUGAAGAAAGUAAUUGAACCUAUGGCCUGUGAUGGACUGAGAACUAUCUGUGUUGCUUUCCGAGACUUUAACAGCAGCCCAGAGCCUGACUGGGACAAUGAAAAUGACAUAUUAUCUGACCUGACUUGCAUUUGUGUUGUUGGCAUUGAAGACCCAGUAAGGCCAGAGGUCCCAGAAGCCAUAAGAAAGUGCCAGCGAGCUGGAAUUACAGUCCGCAUGGUCACUGGAGACAACAUCAACACAGCACGUGCCAUUGCCAUAAAAUGUGGAAUCAUUCAUCCAGGAGAAGACUUUCUUUGCCUUGAAGGGAAAGAGUUUAACAGAAGGAUCCGAAAUGAGAAGGGAGAGAUUGAGCAAGAGCGGAUUGACAAAAUCUGGCCAAAGCUUCGAGUGCUUGCUCGCUCAUCUCCCACGGACAAACACACUUUGGUAAAAGGUAUUAUUGACAGCACACAGGUGGAACAGAGGCAGGUUGUAGCUGUGACUGGUGAUGGAACCAAUGAUGGACCAGCACUUAAAAAAGCUGAUGUUGGCUUUGCAAUGGGUAUUGCUGGAACAGAUGUUGCGAAGGAAGCCUCGGAUAUCAUCCUAACAGAUGACAAUUUCAGUAGCAUUGUGAAGGCUGUAAUGUGGGGACGUAAUGUCUAUGAUAGUAUCUCCAAGUUCCUGCAGUUCCAGCUCACUGUUAACAUUGUGGCUGUGAUUGUGGCUUUCACUGGUGCAUGUAUUACCCAGGACUCUCCUCUAAAAGCUGUACAGAUGUUGUGGGUCAAUCUAAUUAUGGACACCUUUGCCUCACUUGCUUUGGCCACCGAACCUCCAACAGAGGCUCUAUUGCUAAGAAAGCCAUAUGGCAGGAACAAACCUCUUAUAUCCCGUACCAUGAUGAAGAACAUUCUGGGCCACGCUGUUUAUCAGCUUACUCUCAUAUUUACACUUCUUUUUGUCGGUGAGAAAAUGUUUAAGAUUGACAGUGGGAGGAAUGCACCACUUCACUCUCCUCCUUCAGAGCAUUACACCAUUAUCUUCAACACCUUUGUCAUGAUGCAGCUUUUCAAUGAAAUCAACGCACGGAAAAUCCAUGGUGAAAGAAAUGUCUUUGAUGGCAUCUUCAGAAAUCCUAUUUUUUGCACUAUUGUACUGGGUACAUUUGCUAUUCAGAUAGUAAUUGUCCAGUUUGGAGGAAAACCAUUUAGCUGUUCUCCCCUGCAGCUUGACCAGUGGAUGUGGUGUGUAUUUAUUGGAUUAGGAGAACUUGUAUGGGGUCAGGUCAUUGCAACCAUCCCAACAAGUAGGCUAAAGUUUUUAAAGGAGGCAGGGAGGCUCACUGAGAAGGAGGAGGUCCCUGAAGAAGAACUCAAUGAAGACGUUGAAGAAAUUGAUCAUGCAGAGAGAGAACUUCGACGUGGACAAAUUCUCUGGUUCAGAGGGCUCAACAGAAUCCAAACCCAGAUCGAAGUAGUCAAUACUUUCAAGAGUGGCACUUCCUUUCAGGGGGCUCUAAGGAGACAGUCCUCCGUCACAAGCCAGACCCAGGAUAUCCGCGUCGUGAAGGCAUUCCGUAGCUCUCUCUAUGAAGGUUUAGAAAAACCAGAAUCUAGAACCUCUAUUCACAACUUUAUGACUCAUCCUGAAUUUAGGAUAGAAGAUUCCCAGCCCCACAUCCCACUCAUUGAUGACACAGACCUAGAAGAAGACCCUGCUCUCAAGAAAAACUCGAGUCCACCGUCUUCGCUGAACAAGAACAACAGUGCUAUCGACAGUGGAAUAAAUCUUACAACUGAUACAAGUAAAUCAGCUACCUCUUCUAGUCCAGGAAGCCCAAUACAUAGCCUGGAGACAUCACUUUAGCUGAAAAGGUCACUGCAAAAAAAGUUAAAAUAAAAUAAAAUAAAAAAACCCACAGCAACCGAAAUAUAUAAAUAUAUAUAUUAAAAACAUUGCUGGCUGAAAAGCUGUUUGAACUCUUAUUCACUCUGAGACAAGUGAAUGAAUUGUUGAUCACAAUGGUUUUGGGGAAAGAAUGAAUGGCUGAUUUACAUACCCCCCCUUGUUCCCUUUCAGAAAAACAACAAAAAAAAUCCUCCUGCAUGAAUGUACUGUACACUUCUGGCCCUUCUUUCUCUCUUUUUGUUUCUUUUUAUUUCCUUUUUUUUUUUUUCCUCCUUAAGCAGGAACUGCAGAGGACUUCUUUCUGAGGCUAUUUAUCCAAUUCACUGGUCUGUGAGUUUUUUGAAAUGCUUGUGUGGCAUGGACUCAAUUGUAUAGAUUAAUUUAAAUAACUUUUUUGAAGUUGCGAAGCUUAACUUGCACAGUAGAUUUGCACCAGUUGGACAGAGGAACUUAAACAUUUAUGACACUAUAUAUAGAGAUAUAUACAUAUAAGUAUAUACAUAAUUAAUUAUAUAUAUGUAUAUAUCUAUCUAUAUAUAUAUAGUUAUAUAUAUAUAAAGUUUCUUUGUUGGCAUGUUGCCUUGUUUCUGCUCAAAUUGCUCUGACUAUUUUAACUUAUUUAUGUCCUAAAAAAGAAUGUAAUUUGUUUACAAACCUGUAGAUAAUAUCCUUAACUAUUUGUAGGGUUAAGAAAGCACUUCCUGCCGAAGUAGUAUAAAAAUGGCUCAGCUCAGCUCAGCUCAUUGAAAACGUCUGUAAUACUGCACCCUGGAUAUUUUAUUACAACCGUGUUCUGAUUUCUGCCUGAUUUUUUUUUUUUUUUUUUUGUUAAAUAAUGUAGAUACUGCUAGUAAAUAACAAAAGAAGCCAAAAUAUAACACAUUGGAUGUAGCAUUGUGAUCCUAUAUACAGGGAGGUAAACCAGGCUUCCUUUGUUGCAAAUAAAAAUCAAAAUGAUCAGGUUCUCUCUUUUUUUGUUCUCCCUCUGAUAAUCUGCUUGAAUUUGUUUUGGUGCAACAUACAAUAAUGGAGGCUAUUUCAGUCUUUAAACAUAUGGCAAUGGCUUCCAAAAAUAUUUUUAAAGAGAUACUGUAUGAAACUGAGUUGAGUUAUAAAUAUAAUUUAAAAUAAGUUAUAUUUGGUUUGUCUAUAUGGAGAUAAAACUAAUGUUAAAAUAUUGUGAUAUAUUGUGUUAAUCCUUUUCAGUUAGUAAUUUAAGCAUUUAUUUCCUUAUUACUUGCAAAGUACGGGCUGUUGGCAUUUUGGAUUAAAAUCACUGUAGGUUGUUGCUUUGAUUUUUUUUAAAAGAAAAAUAUAGUUUCUGCACUAUUAGGUCUGAAUGAAACUUUAUUAAUUGUAUAUUGAAAUGUGCUUUGUGUGAUUUUUUGGUUUGUUUUUUUUUUUUUUUAACCAAGCUUGUCUUCCUGUAGUCAUAAGGUAUACUGUAACACAGUAAUACGUUAUUUUACCUAGAGCUUUCUACAAAGAAAGCUAUUCUGAAAACCUGCAGUAUGGAAGGUGAAAAAUAUUUUUCAAGAUGGUAACAGCCCUGAUAACUUAAAAUUUAUGAGCUUAUAUAAUUGCUAUGUCAACCACUUGAAUGCUAAGCACUUUGUGGAUCACAGAUUUUUCAUAAAUAAUUUUUGUAUUUAAUAUAAAGUUUGCUUGGAGACUUUUCAGCAUAUGAUCUUUUCCAUAAUUGUACAGUGCAAAAGACAUUUUGAAUUACACAAUUGAUUAUGCCAGAUGUGUUGAAAAACACUCUCAAACUAGCUUGAUAAAUUGAUCUGUUAGGGUAUUACUGGUUGUCUUAAAGUUGGCUCAUAAAGUGGUGCAUCUCUGCAGUCACAAGAACUAAACCAAGCCAGAACUCUCCAAAACAAGAUUAGACUCAUGGCCAAACUGCAGACUGAACUGACUAAAAUGUUUUCAGGGUGCAUCAAGACUAUUCAGCCAGGUAAAGCUCUAAUCAGCUUGAAUUGCCAGCUUCCGGACUUUUGUGUAGAAGCUUGAAUGUUUUUGGCUCAAACUCUUAGUUUGCUAUCUGAUCCAAACUUUUCACUGAACAACAGAACAGGUCUUUGAAGGCAUAUACAACUCUCUUUUCAACAGAUAGUGUGACCCAUUUCUUAACAGUAAAAAGCUAGCAUGAAAACAUAAUUAUUUUAGCUAAGUCCUAGCAACGAAGUGAUUGAAACUCAGUCAGGAUUGUUCUUCGCUUUGUAAAUACGGUGAUCAACCUUUGUAUAACAUGUAUUGGGUUUCUAUGGCCUAUUUGGGAUAUCAUAUUCAGAAGAAAAAAAAGUGUUAUCUAUUUACAGGGAAGCCUCUAGCUUUGGACUUGAACAUCUACAGAAGCUGUUAAUACUGGAACAAUUUAUUUUCAGCAUCUUAACACUGACUGUUUGCCUUUUUAUUUUCAAACACUCUUCAUAUUUUUUCUUGGUUUCAUUUUUUUAAAAUUUUCCUGUAGGAGUACCCCUCCCUAAGGUACCAUUUGCAGACUUGAAAACUGUUAAGAAAAUGAACACUGCAUUCUGUGUGUAUAUAGUAAAACAUAUAUAAACUGAGAUGCAUAGAAAACUUGGGCUUUUGUGAGCAGAGACUGUGCUUUAUGUAUAUGAUAAAUGAUAGACUUUUUUUUUUUUAAAGCAGAAUAGCUAUGACCUUUCAACUACAAGUCGUGCAUCACAAUUCCUUUCUUUUAUUGCUUGACCUCUCUGUGAUGGGAACAAUGGAUCAAAACCCAAAAUGAUCAGUUUGUUAAAAUUCCCUGCAAUAUAUAAAUGCUCGCUCUCUACGUACUGUACUUAGCAGCAUGAGAUUUGUGGACAACAAUACAGUGGUACAUUGGCAAUCCAUCCCACUAGGGGUUAUUAAUAUAUGUUCAUUCAUCUGUUUUUAUGAAUUUUUUUAUCUAGACAAUAAUUGUAAAUAAAGAACUUACUCUGUCUGUUCAUUUAAUACUAUGCAAAAGGUUAUGCUUUCUAUUGUUAUUCUUAUUCCUACAGUGUGAUGCUGGAAUGUUUGUGGUUUCAAAAAAAAAAAAAAAAAAAGACAAAAGUAAGUAAAAUAUGUGAUGUAAAUUAUUUUAUAGUUUGAAACAAAAUGAUAAAGUUUUACUCUUGCUGCUUUCUGUCUAAUAGAUCUCUCUUGGCAGGAGCACAAGUGGAAAAUUUAAAGAAAUAAAUUCACAAAGCAGCAUGAACAAUAA